AAUCACAGCUGCACACUAUUGAGCAGAACAAAAAAAGCGCGGCAAAGCGCAAGUCCUUCGUCCUCCGCGCCCAGGCACACACGCCCGGCGCGUACAGCUAAUGAUGGUUCCAACAACUACAGAAGCUCGCAGCGACGGCAACGGCGAUGGCGACGGUGCCAGCGCGGGCGCGGAGGCACCGGGUGCUGCAGCCCCUGCAGAUCCGCCAACCCAGCCUGCGGGCCUCGCCCCCCGGCCCGCGCUGCUGGCGGCCCGGCACGCCGCGGCGCCAGACACCGCCGCCGCGGCGCGGGUCGCCUCCGCCGCCCACGGCGGCGGCCGGGCGAGCUGGAGUGGCAGCGGCGGCAGUAGCGGGGGCGGCGCCAUUGGCGUCAGUGGGAUUGGCAGCGGCGGCCUCCGGCGGCGGUCGAUGCAGCAUAUGGUCAUGAGCGGUCAGCCACCUCCACCCCCACAACCACCGCCACAACCGCCACUGCCGGCGCCCACCCGCCAGGCGGCGGUGCUGCGUGUGUCGCUGCCAGGGGGCGCCGCAGCGGGUGGCGGCAUCGCGGCGGGCGGCACGGCAGCGACACACGGUAGCUCUGGAUUCUCCGGCUUCGGCCCGCCGGUGAACGCCAAGAGAGCCACACGCCUGGCCAGCAUUGCCGGCGGCAUCCACAUCACCAACGGCAGCGACGGCGGUGCUGGAGCCGCUGGCGACGACGCCGAUGCCACCACCACCACCGCAGAAGAAGCUGUGUCGCCUGGCUCGCCGGCUGCGCGCCUGCGCUGGCACCGGGCGGUGGCGGCGGUGGGUGCGGUGCGUUCGCUGCACGUGCAGGCCUCCACUCUGGUGGACCGAGCCGCGGAGCCGCAGGACCGGCUGUUUGCGGCGCUGAGUCUGACGCUGCAGCGGGCGGCCUGGGAGCGCCUGAUGGCUAGCGGCGGCGGCGGUGGCGGCGCGGCCGGCAUCGGCGCCAAAGGCGGCGUGGGAAGGUCUGCCACCAAAGGCGGCCGCAACAACACCAGCACCAGCACCAGCGCCGAUCCGCACCGGCGCCUGCUGCACCACUACCUGGAGAAGAAGCGCGCGGGCACCUUCGCCAACGCCUGGGAGAGACUGGAGGCGGAGCUGGUGAUCACCGGCACACACGUGUUCGACUGGUGCACACCAGCCCGCAUGGGUGAGCACUGGCCGCUGUUCACGUGCGCCUUCACCGCCGCCGCCGGCCUGCUGUUCGCCUUCAUGGCCGGCAACUACCCCGCGGCGGCGGCCCUCGCGGCUGUAGCAGCCGCCGCGCAAGACGCCGCCGCUGCAGCUGCGGUUGCGGUUGCCAAUGUCACUGCCAUGCUCGCGCCGGCGGGUUCACAGCAGGCGAACACCGCAGGCAGCAGCGGCGUCUCCGGCGGCGGGUGGGCGCUGGGUCCCACAGCAGCAUCCACCGCAUUCGGCACCUCCGCAACCACAGCUACUGCGGCUACAGCUGCUGUUGCUGCUGCCGCUGAGGCGGCGGCGCGGCUGCUGCCGACGCGGCGCGCCGGCCCCGCCUUCCUGGCGGACGUGCUGCUGCGCGGCGGCAGCGCGGCCGCCACCUCGCUGCCCGAGUCCUACCUGCGCGCCUGGGGCGGCCGCUACGGCCCCGACCUCCACUACGGCGGCGUGUCACAGGCGUACAGGUGGCUGACGGGUCCCGCUCUGCACGUGGACUUCCGGCACUGCGCCGCCAACCUGGCGCUGACGGCGGCGCUGGGGCUGGGGCUGGAGGUGCGCUACGGCGCGGCACGGGUGGCGGCGGUGUGGCUGGCGGCGGCGGUGGGCGGCGGCCUGCUCAGCGCGGCAGUGGAGUCGCCGUGCCGGGUGGUUGUGGGUGCCUCCGGCGGCGCCUUCGGACUGCUGGGGCUGUUCGCGGCGGACACGGCCCUGCACUGGCGGCGGCUGCGGCGGCCCAUGCUGCGCUGCGCCCUGGUGGGGGUGCUGCUGGGGCUGCUGGUGUUCGCGCUGGCGGCGCAGCAGGUAGGCACGGGCCGGGCCUGUGUAUAAGAGAUGUGGUGCGUGUGGCAUGUGGGGUGGCUGGGCGUGGCGCUGGCGCUGGUGCUGGGACUCCGUG